UCUUGAGAAAGGAUCCUAUUCCUGAAUUGGAAUCAUGUUAUGCACUCGUUUGUCGUGAAUCUGUUCGACGUACAACGAUGGAAAAAGAAUCGGAAGAAGUUGAACCUGCUGCUAUGGCAACUCGAAACCGGUACAAUCAAAAAGGGUCUUUUCAGAGAUACUCAAAGACUGAGGUGGACAAGUCAUCACUUAAGUGUACACACUGUAAUCAAUCUGGACAUACAAUUGACAUGUGUUUCGAGUUGGUUGGAUAUCCAGAUUGGUGGGAUCAAUAUCUGGAUAGGAAGAAGGAGACAAAGAAAAAUUCUGGUGCUCCAAUGGCUUCAACAAAGAAAGGAAAGGAUUCCAUGGUAAUAUCUGCAUCAGUAGCAAGGACAGGUAACGAUGGACAUCACAACGAAGCAAACAAUUGGUUAUGGUGUUAAGCGUGUGAAGUUGUAUUAUCUGGAUUUGGUGUCAAGUAGUUCGGAUAAGCUGCGUCAAACUCUUCUUGCUGAUGGUUCUGAGGGGGAGAGACAAAAAUCUCAAAUUUUGUUAUGGCAUCGACGAUUGGGACAUGCUCGUUUGGUUAUUAAAAAAUUAUUUCCUAGUUUGUUUGCAAAACUUGAUAUUUCUAGUUUUCAUUGUGAAGUAUGUGAACUUGCAAAAAGCCAUCGUGCUUCUUUUCCAUUAUCAUUCAAUAAGAGUCCAGUUCCU